GCACUUCCGGGAUUUUGAGACUUUUAAACAGCAUGCACACCAGCAUUUGCCUUUAAGUAUGGUUAGUAUUAUUACUACAUACCGAGCCAUGUUCCCUGAUUGAUCAAUGUUUUGUUUACUGGUUUUUCCAUUCUCCGUUUUGCAAUUAGGAUUUAUUUGCCCUGUCUGACUGCCUAUAUUGUUACAGUCUGUUUGCCUGCUCUUUGACCACAUUCCAGGGCAUCAUUACAGCCACCAUAUACCUAUUCCUACACAACCCACAUCUAAGGUGUCGUUCAGGUUCUUUUAAAACACUGAAUCCAGCUCUGAAACCAAACGAGUCAGAUGACUGUUGACCGAAACAUCAAGUGGUUCAAACAAAAGUCACAUGGCACAGUGUAUCAUUAGAGACUCACUAGCAAAUUAGAUAUCAGUGUCAAAACCUCAGUGUCAAAAGUAACAAUGUUAUUGAUAACAUCCUCAUUUACAUUUACGGAAUUUUGGUAGGCGCCUUUAUCCAGAGUGGAUGAAAACAUGAGUACUGGUUCACUAAGGAUACCAUGAGCCUCAUUAUGAUAGCAAGUGUCAGCACAAGUUAGACAUGAUUCAUUGCUCAAAGCAAAGGGUGUUUUUCACCAGUAAAUGUCUGAAGAAAUGCGGAAAAAAAGAAAAAAAAAGUUGUGCUCAGAUCACAGUUCCGCUCACUCUGCAUCUGACUGCUGAGUCUUUUUUCAAGCGUCACCAUGAAGAUCAUACAGCUUCACAUCUAUCUGCUUGUGUGCCGUGGAGCUGCAGAAUGUUUCACAGAGAAGUCUGUAAAUUUGGGAGAAGAUGUGACCCUAAAGUGUGAGGUGUCUGUAAAGAAUGUGUUCUGGUUCCUGAUGAAGCCGUCAGAACCUCCAGUGUUUAUAUUACGCUCUUAUUCAAGUAAAACUGUGGACGCUCAUUACAGUAACACAACCUUCAGGAAGAGAUUCUCAGUGCAGUAUAACAGCAGUUUAUUUAUACACAAUAUCAGUACUAAAGAAUUAGGAGUCUAUUAUUGUAUUCAAACUCAACCUGCUUCACUUCCCGGCAUCAGCAGUGGAAUCAGACUUCGGUCAGCUGACAAUCGGGAGUCUGAUAUCAAGCAGCAGAAGAAUCAGACACUCGAUAAAGAUGAUAAAGUUGAUAAAGAUGAACUUUCGAGAAAUAUCUUGAUCCUUUCUGGAACAGCGGCCGGCCUUGUGAUGCUUUCUGUCACAGUCCUGAUCACGAGCCAGUGUGGAAGAUCAAAUUCCCCGAAGUUCCACCUGCAGCCUCCAAACUGUGCAGAAGAGCAGCUCAGUGGUCCACAGAAAAGCUUCACACAAGUGCAGAAUGACGUCUUCACUGUGGUAGAGUUUACACAGUUUCCCCCUGAGGCCUAAACACAGAGCUGUGGUCAAGCUUGUACACCAGCAGCAGCUCAGGCAGCAUGUGAGACAGACAGCUGC